AUCCAUCCGCUUCUUUUCCAAACCGGCGCGGCUGCAGUUUGCCUGUUCGCGCAACCAGCUCGAGAAGAUAGAAACGUAAACAACAAGAUACCGAGAGUGCGCGUCGCUGACUGAAGGAGUCGCUUCCAUGCGAGCCGCCGUCUGACACACUCCUAUCAAUGAGGCAGACCAUGGCGGAUGGCCCCCGGUGUAAGCGGCGAAAGCAAGCCAAUCCGAGGAGGAAAAACGCAGUGCUGAACUAUGAGAAUGUGGUGGAGACUGGAUCCGAGACUGAAGAAGAAGACAAGUUGCCGGUGUCGGAGGAGGAUGGCCUACUCAAUGGCGUGGGAAGCCCUGCCAGCCUAGCCAAUCACGAGCCAGCAGCACCGCCAUCCCCAAGGCUGGGCCACACGCUGAUGACGAAGGCUGAGGAUGAGGACGAAGAGAUGAGGGACAGUGGCGUGGAGCACGUUUGGCAUGAGAAUGACAUGCUGAGGGCCUCAGUGGAUGGUACUGAUGAACUGAAAGAUGACUUUGACUGCAUGGGGGCAGAUGCCACUUUGCAGCCUGUUGGGAACGGUACAGUGAAGAGUGUGGACUGCAUGUCUGAGUUUGAGGAGUUUUUCGCCAAGAGGAAGCUGCCCGACGUCGAGGCCCAUGUGGUCAGCAUCGCCGACUACCUGCAGCGGAGCGACACUGCCAUCAUCUACCCCGAGGCCCCCGAGGAGAUCGCCCGGCUGGGCACGCCGGAGGCCACCGGGCCCGAGGAGAAUGACCUGCCACCUGGAACUCCAGAUGCUUUUGCCCAACUGUUGACCUGCCCCUACUGCGACCGCGGCUACAAGCGCUUGACUUCCCUGAAGGAGCACAUCAAGUAUCGCCAUGAGAAGAACGAGGAGAACUUCUCCUGCCCUCUGUGUAGCUACACGUUCGCCUACCGCACUCAGCUGGAGAGACAUAUGGCCACGCACAAGCCAGGACGAGAUCAGCACCAACUGCUGAACCAGGGAUCUGGCAACCGCAAGUUCAAAUGCACAGAAUGUGGCAAGGCCUUCAAAUACAAGCACCAUCUGAAGGAGCACCUGCGGAUCCACAGUGGAGAAAAGCCGUACGAAUGCCCAAACUGCAAGAAGCGCUUCUCCCACUCGGGCUCCUACAGUUCUCACAUCAGUAGUAAGAAGUGCAUCGGCCUGAUCACCGUCAACGGCCGAAUGAGGAACAGCAUGAAGUCUGGCUCGUCCCCUACAUCAGCGUCCUCGUCCCCGACCAACGCGGCCAUCACCCAGCUCAGGCACAAGCUGGAGAACGGCAAGCCCCUCGGGCCACACGAGCAACCCACUCACCUCAGCAUCAAAUCCGAGCCACUGGACUUCAAUGACUACAAGCUGAUGAUGGCAUCGCAUGGCUACGGCACGCCGGCGCCCUUCCUGAACGGCGGGAUGGGGGCAGGGAGCCCUCUGGGCAUUCCCAACUCCCAGAGUCCCCUCCAGCACUUAGGCGUAGGCAUGGAUAGCCAGACACUGGGGUACCCGUCCCUGGCCAACAACCUGAGCGAGGUGCAGAAGGUGCUCCAGAUUGUGGACAACACAGUGUGCCGGCAGAAGAUGGACUGCAAGCCCGAAGAACUCUCCAAGCUGAAGGCUUACAUGAAGGAGCUGGGAUCCCAGAUCGAGGAGAGAAAGCAAGGACUGGCUUCCCCCGGUGGACCCCAGACUGGUCUUCCUCUCGUCAACCACAACGGCGCCACCAAGAGCAUCAUUGACUACACGCUAGAGAAGGUCAACGAAGCCAAAGCCUGCCUCCAGAGCUUGAACACGGACUCUAAGAGACAAAUUAGCAAUAUCAAGAAGGAAAAGUUGAACCACAUGAUAGAUUUAGGUGCAGAGGAGAAAAUGCACGAGAACAACAUAAUGUUUACACCUUUUUCUUGCCAGUAUUGUAAAGAAACCUUCCCGGGUCCAAUCCCCUUACAUCAACAUGAGAGAUACCUGUGCAAGAUGAACGAGGAGAUCAAGGCAGUCCUGCAGCCCAGCGACAACAUCAUGCCCGGCAAGCAGGGGAUGUUCGGCGAGAAGCACGCCCACCCGCUCUCGGCCAUCAUCUCCGAGAAGGUCUUCACCAGCUCCAUCAACCCCUACAAGGACCACAUGUCAGUACUUAAAGCCUACUUCGCCAUGAACAUGGAGCCCAACUCAGAGGAACUACUGAAGAUUUCCAUAGCGGUCGGCCUUCCUCAGGAAUUCGUGAAAGAGUGGUUUGAGCAGAGGAAGGUGUAUCAGUAUGCCAGUUCCAGAACCCCUCCUCUAGACAGGAACACCUUGGAGGUGGGCCUUCCUGCAGCUAACCACAUGCCUAUCAAAGACUCUGCCCACGCUCGGUCUCCUCUGUCUUUGGUAAAAUCCUUGGACCGCAUCACGUCGCCCUCCAUUGUCGAGCUCCACAACAACAUCAACAACUGCGACGCUCCGCUCAGGCUCGCCAAAACGCCUCAGUUCCCCGGACCCAAGCAGCUCGGCGACAAGCUGGACCACUCCAGGAGCAACACGCCGUCGCCGCUCAACUUGUCUUCGGCCUCCUCCAAGAACUCGCACAGCAGCUCCUACACGCCCAACAGCCUCACGUCCGAGGACCUGCAGGCGGAGCCGCUGGAUCUCUCCCUGCCGAAGCUCCUGAAGGAGCCCAAGCAUGUGCUUUCCCUCAGGGGCCGGCCCAAGCCCAACGGCGCCCCACUGGACCACAACCCCAUCGCCUCGCCCCGCGAGCACUUGGAGGAGCCACUCAACCUCGCCUACCUGUCCAAGAAGGAGUUCGGCAGCCCCAACAGCAGCCUGGACAAAAGCACUAGCCCCAUGUUUGGCAUUAACCCCUUCGCUGCCAAGCCCUUGUACACCUCCCUACCCCCUCAGAGUGCUUUCCCUGCGGCUCCGUUCAUGCCCCCUGUGCAGGCCAGCCUCCCGGGCCUGCGACCCUACCCCACGCUAGACCAGAUGAGCUUCCUGCCCCACAUGGCCUACACCUACACCACAGGAGCCGCCAGCUUUGCUGAGCUGCAGCAGAGGAGGAAGUACCAGCGGAAGCCAGGGUUCCAGGGGGAACUGCUCGAUGGCACGGCAGGCUAUCUCUCCGGUCUGGAUGACAUGACAGACUCAGACGCCUGUCUGACCCGGAAGAAGAUUAAGAAGACUGAAAGUGGUAUGUACGCGUGUGACCUUUGCGACAAAACAUUCCAGAAGAGCAGUUCCCUCCUAAGACACAAAUAUGAACACACAGGCAAACGGCCACACCAGUGCCAGAUCUGCAAGAAGGCUUUCAAACACAAGCACCACCUGAUCGAGCACUCGCGCCUGCACUCGGGCGAGAAACCCUACCAGUGCGACAAGUGCGGCAAGCGCUUCUCCCACUCCGGCUCCUACUCCCAGCACAUGAACCACCGCUACUCCUACUGCAAGAGGGAGGCGGAGGAGCGCGAGGCGGCCGAGAGGGAGGCGCGGGACAAGGGGCACCUGGAGCCCACCGAACUCCUCAUGAAGCGGGCGUACCUGCAGGGCCUCACCCCGCCCCCCGUCUACCCCGAGCGGCCCGAACGCGACGCCAUCCUACGCGACGGCGUCGUGGUCGACAGGGUCGGGGGCGGAGCCAGGAGCGGGGCCAGGGCGCGGCCCGAGGAGGCGGAGGGGCCCUAUGGCAAGGAGAGGGGGGGUCGACGGGAGGAGGAGUUUGAGGAGUUUGAGGAGGAGAGCGAGAACAAGAGCGUGGACACGGACCUGGACACGGCGCGCGACGAGGAGAACGGCGAGCACUCGAUGGACGACAGCUCGCUGGACGGCAAGACGGAAACCAAAUCUGACCACGAGGACAACAUGGAGGACGCCAUGUAACGAGACUACUGCGCUCUAGAAGAUUGCCCCUCCACCCCCAUCCUGCGUCUCGUCAGCGUUCUUCUUGAUUUCACCGGUAGCGCGGUCAGCCUGGCCAGCACAACCCUGCGGCCCGAUCGCACGAGACAGGCGGAUGUGCACGAGGCCUCCGGAUUCCCGCCAACUCCAUUUAAUGGACUGAAAAGAAAAAAAAAACAAAAAAACAAGAAAACCAGAGGGGAGCGUCUGCAGACGGACAGGCGUCUGAGCCAAUCAUCCGGUCAGGGAAGGGACGAGGCGGGGACACGGGUUUUUUUUGUUAGGGUUUUUUUUUUUUUCUGUUGUUGUUGUUGUUCUUUUCUCUUUUUUUUUUUGUAAGAAGCUGCAUUAUGCAAAAAUGAAAAAUAAAUGUAAUAUGUUUAAAAAAUUGUACAGUAUUAAGGCCUAAAAUUAUGUGUGGUGCUACCAUCCUAAAACCUUGUGUUCCAUAGUAUUUAUAGCACAAAACUAGUAACUUGUACAAAAUUGCACUCCGCUUCUAUAAUCACUACAAAAUUAAUAAAAAGUAUUGCCUAUGUAUAUUUAUACAGUGUUGAAAAUUAAAAAAAAAAAAAAACCACACAGAGGCUAUGGCAGGUUUGCUGCGGUCUGUCAGUAUUACGACUCAUCCCCGUCCCACUGUGUCCUCAGCCUGGUGUUUACUCAACUAGCCACACACUUUUAGGCCUCUGAAUUUACUCUAUGUGAAGGAACUUAACAUAUAUAUCUGUUUGGGUGGAAGACGUUCAAAGUCUUAAACAGACUGUGUAGAGCAAGUGAAAAGGUCUGGAGACGAGACGAAGGAGAAACGGACUGAAGGAAAAAGCCUUUGUAAGGUUGUUUUUUUUUUUUUUUUGUAUUAGAGAAGACUAAAGUGAAAAAACAAAAAAACAAAAGCCUUAUAUGCAAACCUUUUAAUCUGUGUGUUUCUACAAGUGCCAUCCCUGUAUAGUGUUAAAGGAGGGACGGGGCAUUUCCUUAGCCUUCUCCACGGGAGCACCAUCUCAGUGUUAGCAAAGCACGCACCAGUUCUUUAGUUUACAUCAUCUUUGUGCAAUUUUCCGUUCUGUUUUUUUUUUCUCUCUUUGUCAGUAUUACACCAAACCAUUUCGCGUACAACAAAAUCGAAAUUCAUUUUAUUUCUAGUUUUAAAUAACAUUUUAUUUAUGUGGCCCAUUUUGUAUUUCCUGAUUUUAUUUAUUUCAUACUGUAGUGUACAGUAUUCUAGUUCUUCAAUAUAUAGAUAUAUUUUAGUAAAAUGAAACAUGACGAUCAUUUGGGCAAAUUUUACGUAAAGAGAGCAUUUAUUGUGUUUUAAAACAUUAAUUGUGAAUUGCAAAUUUUCAGCUUAUGAUUUAAUUUUCUUUGUUUUUAUUUUUUUUUUCCAGUUACUGAAAAUUCCAAAUUUGGGAACUUUUGAUACAAUAUUGUGAGAACACUGUAUUUUCCACUGAAAAAAAAAAUUCCACUUUCUUCAUCUUGUUUUUUAGCUAAAAAAUGAAGAGGGACUGUUACAACACAACGUAUGAUAUCACGACAGAAAAAAGACUCUUUCCUGAAAUGUCUUUGUAAAAGUAUUAUUGAAUUUUUAAUUUGUAAUUCCUCUUGGAAAUGACCAUGCUCGAAUAAAAAUAGCCAAAUUAAAGACCUGA